UAUAUAUAUAUAAAUCAAAAUUGUGAGAGAAACGUUAGAAUUGUGAGAUUCAAACUGGGAUUUCUGAGAAGAAUUCAGAUAUAAACUUAAGUCAAAAUUGUGAGUAAAAAAGUUACAGUUGCCUUUUAAUUUCUUUUUUUAAGCGCGGUUGAGAAAGAAGCGUGGUUUUGUAAGGGAACUGUAAUACCUCUUUAGCUUUGUGCGAGUGCGUUUCAACACUAUUCAUUUUUAAAGCAGUCUCUGUUCGUGAACGAGAGCUUAAGGUACAUUCGGGACAAUUUUUACGAGCUGUUUUUGAGCCAGGUGUGCGUGUGAGAGAUUGUUAGAGCAUUUUUACAAUGUCCGACCUGUUUUGCAGACUUAUUUGGCCCCCGCCACCAUAUUUACUUCAUAUCUACUUCUCUGCACCUUUUAAACUGACAUAAUGGUCAAUUGUUUUUGCUAGAUUUCCUGUCAGGACUUGCAGCUAUUUUUCAAGUGUCAUGUUCGCUGUUAAUGGUAUUUAUUUCUUUACGUUUCUUUAAACACAGCCGGUUUCAGUAAGUCUGCGAAAUAGGUCGGCCCACUUACGUUUGUCUUUAUUCAGGUGAAAUAAUGAAGACAGACUAUGAACGAUGAUGCAUAAUAAUUAUAAGUUGUAGUCACGCAGUAUAUCAUAUGUUUUGUAGUCAUUUCUACUAAUGUUUCCGUCAGGUGAGUUUCGGGGUAAGCUAAAGCAAUACUGUAGAAAACUACAGCCAAUAUACUAGAAUAUCUUGUUUUCAUGAGGCUAGAAUUUGUAAUUUGGCACGGACCUGUGUAAUUGCUUUUGUUUUUAUCAGCUAACUCAAACGGAGACCUCAUAAACUGAAGGAAAUCGUGUCUUUUUGUGCAGUUCUUUCAAUCUCAUUAGCCUUUGGACUAUUCAUUCGAACUUUAUCAUUCAGGGUAUUUUCUACAGGUAGUGUAUUGUUUGCCAUUCAUGAAUUCACACGGUACAAAAACGUAUGUUUCCCCAUCAAAAUACAUCAGUUAUAAAGCAGUUAUUGCAGCUACAGUAAAAAAUCACAAUAAAGCUAAUAUGAGAUUGUGUUAAAAAAAAGUGAGUUUUCACGUGUACAUGUACAUUUUGAAUUUUUUGGACAUGUUAACUGAUAAUAAGUCAUGUAUUAUUAAUAUGGUCAAGCCCGAAGAUAUAUAGUUUCAUAAACAGCAAAGACUAGCCACUAUCCAGAUAAAUAUAUGUUAUUAUAAUAUAUAUAUAUAUUUACAGUCGUGAACAUUCAUUCGCUGAAAACCACGCUUUCCACCAAAACACAAUGCAUUUAAAAUGUAUAAUAAUUUAACGAUGUACGAAAAGGGUAAGCUUUUAAAAAUCAUACACAUUUUUAUUGGAAUAAUAAAAUGAGGAAUAGCGAUUAAUGUUUCGUACUGUUAGCCACACCCCCAAGCAUUUCGUUUAGCACCUUUUAAGUGCUUCUGAACGUAAAUAAAGCCUGUAUGCCCCCCGGAUGUGUGAAACGCGAACAUUUAUUGAUGAUUGCAAACAUUUAUUGCCUGACAGAAAUAAGCGGAGGUCUGAAUGAACGCGAAGUUGCUCCGAGCGCGCGAGAGAGGGAAGGGCUGAGGUAAACACGCGCUUCGGGGCUUCACGCGGAAAAGCCCAUCCUGGACGCCCCAGUCGUUAGGAAAAACGCCCGUUUCUGUUCCGUUUCACUAAUUAUCGAGUUAAACCGUGUAGAUAUACGGUAGACCGUCGAAGCGAUGGGGGGCAACGGCAGCUCGCGCCACGUUUCCUUCGACCCAGCCGAUGAUGAGGAGGAGGGGGUUGCUUUCGUGAAGGGCAUUCGUCUUUCACAAAGAGUGAUUGAUCGUAUGAAGGAGACCCCGCCUGUGCUUCACCUGCAAUCUUCAACCAAAUCUUCUACUCAGUCAACAGCUCCUAUAACUCCUCCGGUUGAGCGAUUGGUACCAGGUGAACAUCAUGUACCCAUAAUCCCUCAUCCUCCCUCAUAUGCCAGUACUUUGGUUCCUCCUCCUGUUUCAGAGCCAAUAACACCUUUUGUGCCUCUAACUGGGAUUGAGGAAACAUCUGCACCACCUUCACCUGAGAGUCUUCCAAAUCCUCCCCCUACAGGGGAUGAGCGUGCAGCUAUACUAGUACCUGACCCUCAACCUGCUGAACCCAUCAGUGUUGCUUCACAAGUACCAAGUGAACCGCUAGCGUCUCCUUCACUAGUGAGUCCCAGCGUUGAACCGCUAACACCACUUCCUGCCAUAACCUCUGAACCCGUAGCCAUUCCUCCUUCACCAGACACACUUGAACCAGUAACAUCUAUAGAGACCUCUGUUGAACCUGUAAUUGUAUCUUCUGAACCACUUGAACCUAUAGAAGCUCCAUCAUCUCCUACUUCGGCUGCUCAGCCAGCAUCUAGGGAGUCCAUGGACUUGCCUGUUGAACCUGAGGUUAUAAGUUCCCCAAUCUCCAUACCUGCUAUUCUUCAACCUGUCUUGGAGGAGUCUGCUGUUUCGCGGUCUGGAUCUGCUUCAUCUGUGGUUUUGUCUGAUGAAAUGCCUCCUGAAAUGCAUUUGGAUCCAAUUUCCCCUGGAGAACCAGCAGGUCCCUGUGUUCAUCUGGUUGAGGAACCUGUUGCGCCUUCAUUUGUUGACCAGCUCGAGGUCGUUCCACCGCAAACACAUGUUGUAAAUGAGGAAAAGCUCAGAAAGCAGAUCAAAGAAGAUCUCCAGAAGCUCCUGAAUGAGGAAAUGAAGAUGGAAGAGCAUAACAUGCGUCAAGAGCUGGAGAAGGAGAAAGCUAAAGCGAAGGCCCAAGCUCAAGCUUCAGCCCGACUCCAGAUUCAGGAUGAGGUUCAGAAACUUCAGGAAGAGGAGAAGACCUCCUAUCAACAGACUCUAGCAGAUGCCCUUAGAAGGGAGAAGUUGAACGUUCAGGAUGAGCAUCUCGUAACUCAGUAUUAUUGGCUGGAGAGGAAGGCCCAGAAGCUGGAGGAGAAGGAGAAAGAUCUGGAAAAUCAGGACGCUCUGUUUCAGGAGCAGAUUGCCAAGAUGCAGGAAAAGAUGGCUCAGUUCACAAAGGUUACUGCUGAAAAUCACAAGAAAGGCUUAGAGGACGCACACAACCGCUUCAGACGAUGCAAGAUCAAACCAGUGUGUUCAGACCUGCAGAGUCAGAUACUGAAGUGCUACGCUGAGAAUAAAGGUCAAACUAUGAGCUGUUCCAGCAUCGCGUCGCUGUACAUUCAGUGUGUGGAGCGCGUCAGACAGGAGAAUAAGCUGAGCACCGGAGGUUAGAUCUGCAGUGAACAUCAGAUCUGCAGUGACGUGGUGAAAAGAAAAAAGCCCUUCACUGCAAACACGCACAUUUAAACCGAUCCUAAAACUCUAGACUGUUUAUCACACAGUGUUAGCAGUUUUUACUAUGCAUUCUCUGGAAUAUGAGCCAUUAUUGGACCGCUUUGCAACUCCUAAGCUAAAGCUUUUCGGUGCUAGUGAGUGCUUUCUCUGUGUGUGAAGACAUAGUGAUUUCUUCUGUUUAUUCUUGUUUUGAAAUAGUGCAUGACCAAAGAUGCACAAUCUGGAAGUUUCUGACGUUUUAGCAUAGUAAAACAUUUGUGCCUUUCCUUUUGAUACCUAAUUUUAAGGGUAUUUUGGAUAAACGCGAUCGCAGGCUCUGCUUCUAUCAGUUGUUCAAAUGUGCAAAAGGGGUAUUAAAGGAAUAGUUCGGCCUAUAAAUAAAAAGAUGCUAAAAAUGUA